AUGAAUAACCCUGCAACAGAUCUACCCAAAAUAUUUAUAGAAGCAUUAACAAUUCAUACCGGCAAACGCCCAGCAAUCGGUGAAAAUGUUAUACGCAAAAACACCGCGCCGAAUGUUGAAUUCAAGCAUUCGUUUCUCAUUUUGCCCAGUCGACGAAAUUCUGUUGAUGAUCUAAUAAAAAUAUUUAGAUUUGUAGCUGGCAUAGCUACUCAGAUUUAUAGUCUUCGUCAAGGAGAGGAUGAGAAAUACUAUAUCAGUCAUCUAGAAGAAUUCGUGCAUCCUGAAGAAUUACUCAUAUUCAUCUUCGGAUAUAUUCCAUUUAUCAGAACUAUUGUG